GCCGUCCUCAACUCCCAUCAGUAUCGCCUGCCCAAUCUGUCUGCCCUUGCCGUCUUCUUCCCCGCUCGACAUCUACCAAGACUUCGACUAGCCCCUAUAUCCCUACGAUCCCAACGAUUCAACAUGUCCACCGAACCCGAAGGCCGUCCAGCCAAGAUGCAGAAAACCGAAGCCUAUAAGCUCUACUACUGGCCCUCUAUCCCUGGACGCGGUGAAUUCAUCCGUCUCGUCUUCGAAUAUGCCGGCUCCUCCUACACCGAACACAAUGACCCCGCCUCCCUCAUGCCCACCAUCGGCGAUGCCACCAAAACCGGCGGAAUCCCACAUUUCGCGGUUCCCGCGCUCGAGCUUCCGAACGGGAAGUUUCUCAGCCAGACGCCGGCAAUCUUGAAUUACUUGGCGCCGAAGUUGGGGCUGGAUGGUUCGAAGGGGUUGAAGGGCGAGGAGAAGGAGGAUGUGGAAGAGAGGGAGUUGGUUAGGUCGUGGGUGAAUCAGUUGGUGUUGACGGCGCUGGAUCUGAAUAAUGAGGUACACGAUGUCCACCACCCAAUCGCCAGCUCCCUUUACUAUGAAGAGCAAAAAGAUGCGGCUCUCGAACGUGCUAAAGAUUUCCGCGCGCUUCGUCUACCGAAGUAUUUCGCGCAUUUCCAGAACGUCCUCGAGAGUAACAAAGCUGGCAAAGGAAAAUACCUCGUUUCGGAGAGCACCACUACUGCGGACAUCACCCUCUUCCACAUUAUCACCGGUCUACUCUAUGCGUUCCCUAAAAGGACGGAGAAGCUCCGAGCUUCGGACGACUACCCCCUCGUCUUCGCCCUCCACGAACGUGUCUCGAACGAGAAGGGAAUAAAGGAGUAUCUCGCCAGCGAGCGGAGGCUUCCGUUUGGGAUGGGGGUGUUCAGGCAUUAUGAGGAGUUGGAUGGGGAGGAAUGAGUGGUGUGCGUUGGUAAAAUGUUGGCCUCUGUUGGUGAAAUGUUGGUGAAAGGUAGGCGGGAUGUUGUUGUCGACGAGUGUGGGACUGUAAUGUGCUGAUCUUCAUAGAAAUUGAAAAGAAUGAUGGGAGCUUGGAAGGUUAAAUGUUCGUGAUAAGUAAACUGUGUUCGCCUCGUUCGAGUCCUUCUCCUCCCCUCAAACGUCACGGGCCUUUUGUCUCACAAUAAAAUUCAUUUCAUUCGGG